CUGGCAGUGGGCAGGCUGGUUGCUGGGCUGUCUGGGCCCCCCCUUGGCUCACGGCCAGGGGGGCGCUGGCAGCGGGCAGGCUGGUUGCUGCGCUGUCUGGGCCCCCCCUUAGGUCACGGGCAGGUGGGGGCUGGCAGUGGGCAGGCUGGUUACUGGGCUGUCUGUGUCCCCCCCUGGGGUCACAGGCAGGUGGGGGCUGGCAGUGGGCAGGCUGGUUGCUGGGCUGUCUGUGUCCCCCCCUUGGGUCACGGGCAGGUGGGGCUGGCAGUGGGCAGGCUGGUUGCUGGGCUGUCUCUCUGUCUCUCCUCCUUGUCUGGCCAGUUCUUGCACUGCCUUGUUUCACUUCCUCAUUCCUGCUGCCGGAUGAGCCUGGAUUCACGCUCCUGGCUUGAGCAACAUGGCGGAACCUGGCCGACCCCAGCGGAAAAUGUCCCGGGCUGGGGAGAGUUUGUACAGAGUCCUGGGCCUGGAGAAGGGGGCUUCUUCAGAGGAGAUCAAGAAGGCGUACAGCCCUGCCGCUUCCCUGCACCAUGCAGGAAACUAGCCCUGAAGUACCACCCGGAUAAGAACCCUGAGAAUCCCGAGGCAGUGGAGAAGUUCAAGGAGAUCAACAAUGCGAAUGCGACACUGAACGAUGAGAACAAGCGGAAGAUCUACGACGAAUAUGGCUCUAUGGGGCUCUACGUGGCUGAGCAGUUUGGCGAGGAGAGCAUCAAGUACUACUUCCUCAUGUCCAAGUGGUGGUUCAAGGCCUUGGCCGUGUGCUGCGGCAUCUCCACCUGCUGCUGCUGCUGCUGCUGCUGCUGCUGCUGCUGCGGAAAGAGCCGCCCGCCCGAGGGCGCGGACUCCUGCAAGGGCCUCGACCCCGAGGGCCUGGAGGCGCGAGUCCAAGCUGAGGCCGAAGAUACCCAGACACCCAUUGUGGUGCAGCCCCUGCCUGCAGCAGUGGGAGAGGAGCCGCUGCCAGACGCCAGCCUGAGGACUGACGCAUGAGGCCUGCCUUGACCUGCCGACUGCCUGUCCCCUUGCCUGGACUUUGGGUGGGAACUCCACUGGAACUGCCACUGCCCGGGGUUCCUGCCCCCUGCGCUGGGCACAGCCAGGCCACCUGGCUGCGGCUCGAAUCUCAGGUAAACUGGCCAACGCCUGUGGGGAGGCCGUUUGAGCCUCUGCCCGGGCACUGCAAGGACUCGCGCCUGCCCAAGGCUCCUUGUGCUGUGACUUCUCCAGCUGCUGCAGCCUGCUGACGGGCCAGGCUCCCUGUGCUGGCAUUGCUGCACCAGGAACCUGAGACUGGAAACCCCUGGGCACACCCCCUGCAUUGCUGCACAGCCCCCCUCCCUCCCUCAGCCAAUCACUCACCAGCAGCACCAGCACCCGCCUGGCUUCUCCCCAGCCGGGACCCUCCCCCCCCCGAACCCAGUGUUUACAGCUGUGCGGACCCUGAACUCGCAGGGCCUUGGGCUGGGCGCUGCCCUCUGGGUCCUGGCCUGAGAAGCACACAUCUGUGCCCCAGCCGCGCAGCCUGGAGGCAAAUGAGACCAACCCCACUGUAACUAGCCCAUGGAGAUGGGGCAGCUGCAGGCUGAGCCUGCCAGGCACCCUGCUGCUUCCAGGGCCCUGUCCCUUCCCUGUGUCGGGUGCCAAACACAGCUCUCUAGGCAGGUCGUGGUCCUGGCAGGCAGCACACUCACUGCCUGCUUGCUCUGUGGCCUGCUGCCCCUCUGGGGGUAGCACCCCCUCCCCCAGUGCUCCUGUCCUGGCCUCCAGGCAGAGCCUCAGUCACUGUGUCUGAGCCUCGUUGGUGUCCCUGCUGGGGCCCACUGGAGCGGUGUGUCAGGGGAGUAAAGGAACCUGUUGUCUGGCCUUGAUGGCACCAUUAAAGGCUGCUGCGGGCUUGUCUCUC